AUGACAGAGCAAGACAACUCUUACCGACCCCGUUCUCCCGACUUCUCCACCCUCCAGCCCACCAUUCCCUCCCAACCUGUCUACCAAUUCCCGGGCCACCUCUCCCACCGCGCUUCCUACGACACCUCGCCCUUCUUCACCCCGCAAUACCAACAACCCCCAGUCGCGCCGACGAGGGCAAGCCAGCAAUACGUCCCUCCAUUUGCUGAUAACAGUUACGAUUCCGAGAUGGCCCGCCGAUCAUCUCGUCUAGCGCGUUCACUUGACGUCGCGCCAGUUUCAGAGCCAAAGUACAUGGAGCCCAUUUCUCCAGAAGAACUACAAGAGCCCGCGGGGCCCCUAGAGCCUUUAGAGCCCCUGGAGCCUCCGAAGGUAGAUCCAGCUGCUAGUAUUGAGGUUAAAACCAAAUUUCCGGUUGCGCGCAUCAAGCGCAUCAUGCAGGCCGAUGAAGAUGUAGGCAAGGUCGCGCAGGUAACGCCUAUUGCUGUCUCCAAAGCACUCGAGCUUUUCAUGAUCUCCCUAGUGACAAAAGCCGCCAAAGAGGCCAAAGACCGGAACUCGAAACGCGUAACCGCGUCGCAUCUCAAACAAGCCGUUGCGAAGGACGAAGUAUUAGAUUUCCUGGCAGAUAUCAUCGCUAAGGUCCCAGAUCAACCGACCGGGCGGAAGCACGAGGACGAUGGAAGCGAUCAAAACGAGCAACCGAAACGGAAGCGUGGCGGUCGGCGUCCAAAGGAUGAUAGCGAUUGA